UGUAAGCUUUAGAGGAAACUUAAACGUCCAAUAGAAUACGAGAAUUUGGUUAUUAUAAAAUUACAAGUGUAAUCCUUGUGUACAAGUUUAUUGUUGGUAAAAAAUAAUAAGAGUUCUUGUGUUGGUGGUCUUUAGUCCUGUGCAGUGGAUCAAGAUCCAGUAUUCAGUCAGCAGCCAGUUCCAGUUUCCAGUAAAAUACCGAACACAGAAAGGGAAUAUAAUUUAAGAAAGAGACUGGGGAUUGGAGAUAAACGUAAAAAGACAGAAUAAGUGUGGCGACAAAACUAACAAAGGCGACAUCAGUAAAUCUCGGAUCGCUAAAUAAAAAUAUUUAGUUUUUUUGUGAAAUUGUCAGACAUUUUCCGGCUUUUGUGGUUUACAGUAAACGUGACUUUGUUUGUUUUAUUUGUAAAAAUGCAGGGAACUAUUAUUGAAAAUUUGAGCGGUAAAAAACUAUCAGUGCUCGUUGUUUUAUUGAUUAUUGGACAGAUUAUUUGUUUCUUAAUUGGCGGUCUUAUUGCUCCGAAACCAGCAGCUAGUCAAAAUAUUCUCAGCACAGCAUGCAAAGAUGACAGAGUAAAUGGUAGUGAGCCAGGUUUAAAUAAAUGGUAUUAUUCAAGAGGUAAAGGUGCUUGUCAAUCUGUUGAUAUGUAUCAUUAUAAUUAUGAAAGUCAGUAUCAAGCUUUCCAAGUUGUUUGGACUUUUCAAAUGCCUUUACCAAGAGAUGGUAUUGUGUUUGAUUACUCAAGAUGGCAACAAAAUUUAAUUGGAGUGUUGCAAAUAGAAUUUAUUUAUCACAGUCAACUGCAACUUGCACCGCGAACUCAAAUUUUAUUGGACGCACGAUUGGCAUAUCGUAAUAAAGGUGAUCCAGAUGACGCUUGGAAACCCUAUGCUGCAUCAAAAAUUGAAAGAAAUUUGGAAUGUGUUUUAAAUGACCAAUCAGACAGCUAUAGUUAUAAUUGCAGUAUGAUACCUUUGUUUGAAUUGGGCUCAUUGUAUCAUGACUUUUAUCUACUUAACAUACGACUUCCUAUUGAUACUGAAAAAAAUAUAAACCAAGGACUUGGUCACAUUGUGGAUUUAUGGCUGACUGUGAUUAAUCAAAAUGGAGGAUUCACAAAAAUUUGGGUCAGUUUAAAAACAAUUUUCUUCCCUAUUGUUUUAUGUUUUCUUGCUUGGUACUGGAGGAGAAUACAUUUAUUGUCACGAUCUCCAGCUUUAUUGGAGUACAUGUUACUGGCAUUAGGAUUAGCUCUGUCAUUUUUAAAUAUGCCAUUGGAAUACUUGACAUUGUCUUACGACAUGCCAUUUAUGUUGCUCCUAAGUGACAUUAGACAAGGAGUUUUCUAUGCUGUACUUCUAUCAUUUUGGCUCGUUUUUGCUGGUGAACAUUUGAUGAUUCAAGAUGGGGAUCAAAGAAAUAGUUUGAAAUGCUACUGGCGUCAUUUGAGUGCUGUCUUUGUUGGCUGUCUUUCGUUAUUUAUUUUCGACAUGUGCGAACGUGGUGUCCAGUUAAGAAAUCCAUUCUUUUCAAUUUGGGUCACUAAUAUAGGAACUAAAUUAGCAUUAUCAUUUAUUAUUCUCGCUGGAAUAUCUGCUGGAUUAUAUUUAUUAUUUUUAACAUACAUGAUCUGGAAAGUAUUUAUAAAUAUAAGUAUUAAAAGAGCAGCAUUGCCGAGUAUGAGUUCUGCUAGACGAUUACACUACGAAGGUGUUAUAUAUCGUUUUAAAUUUUUAAUGGUUGCUACUUUGCUCUGUGCAUCUUUGACAGUUAUUGGUUUUAUACUAGGACAGGUUGCAGAAGGUCACUGGAAAUGGGAUGACGAUAUAGAGUUAGAAACAACAUCAGCAUUUUUCACGGGUGUCUAUGGAAUGUGGAAUAUUUAUAUUCUUGCACUAUUAUGUCUUUAUGCACCUUCACACAAAAAGUGGCCAGCUGAACCGUCUGACCAAAGCUUAAGCGAAGAAAUAGAAUUUGCAAGAUUACCUACUGAACCAAAUGAAAUGUUGUCCUUGACAGCAUUCGCACGUAAGACUGCGACUGAAUAAAUAAAAAAAUUUUAAAAAACAAAACGAAUUUAACUGCCAUGACGAAGUAUUUAGGAAACAACUUGAUCAAGAAAUAUUUAAAACAAACAAAAAAGUAUUUGUAGAAUGAUAGUUUAAACUAGAAAACGGAUAAUGCACAAAUAUGUGACUGAUAUUUUUCAUUUCUCAUAAUUUUUUUUUAUCUAUUGAUUAACAGUGAUAUUAUUUAAUACUAUAGAAUACUUAUAAAUUAAUUUAUACAAAAUAGUUUUAUGACGCACAAGUAUAAGUAAAUCAGUCUUCAAUAUUUUUCACUAAUUAAAAUAAUUUUUUUUACGACUUAAUGAAAUAAGAGGACACAGGAAAAGAUAAAUAAUUUAUUAAAUUUAUUUGGUAAGUCUCAGGAAGUACUUAAAAAAAAAUUAAUAAAAUUAUAUUUCAUUAUUAUUUUUAACGCACUACAUAUCAAUGUUGGGCAUUUAUAUAUAUUUAAACAAUCAAUCAGUCAUAUUUAUAAUCGCAAAUAUGAAGUAUUAAUUAAUUUAAAAAUUAUAAGUACCAUAGUAUUAAUCAUUAAGUGUAAAGUUUUUUUUAAUGCUAUAAAUUAAUAACGUAGUAAUUUUAUAAAUAUAUAUUACAGUAAUCAAUUUUCAAUGAAAAAGGUCUUCCUGCAAGAUUUAAAUUAUUUAUUAUUAAUAAAUUAAUCCUUGCUAAAUAAAGGUCUAUAAAUCUAUACACUUUAUUAAAUAAAAAUUUGCAAGGUGCAAUAAUGCGGGAUUUUUAAAUAUUCAUUAUAAUUUAUAAUUUUUUUUUAUAUUUUACAAGUACUUAAUCUUAAUACUAUUAUUGUACGAUUUAUUCUAACUCUUUGUAUAUUAUAAUAUAUUUCUUAACUUUUGUACCGAAUUUUUAAAAAUAAAUACUUAUGUAAACUAGA